AUGGAUCCGAAUAGCCGUCCUAUCCUCCCCCCAGGCUUCGAAGCCAGGCGAGCUACUUACGCGGAUGUCGAGGCCCUCACCCAAAUUUGGUUCGAUUCGUUCAACGCAACCCACGACUUCUGGAAGUUCCUGACCCCAGAAAAUGACGCUACUCGAAAGUGGCUGAACGAGCUCUGGACGUUAGGCAUUAAAGCGGGUCCCAGUGUGUUCGUUACAUGGGUUGCAGAAGACUUAUCAAAGGAUAGGAAAGUCGUUGCUUUCACUCGGUGGCAACCCCCACAACCCGACGGGUCAAUUGACGUCCCGUUCCCUGAUUUCACACCGGGCUGGGACGAGAAGGUGGCAGACGCGCUUUGGGGCGGUAUCGCAAAAUUUAGAAGGGACAUAAUGGGCAACCGGCCCCAUUGGUUUGCUGAAUUCACCUGCGUCGAUAAGGAAUAUCAGGAUUCUGGGAUCGGGCCAGAACUAGCAAAUUGGGGAUGCCGUCAAGCCAAGGAUAGUGGGCUUGAAAUCUAUUGCGAAACGGUUCCGUUCUCGAGGCGUGUUUUUUUUAAUCAUAUGGGUGUUGUUGGGCUGCGAUCGUUGACAAUUCCUAAACGACCUGGGGUCUUUGAUGCGUACGAGAUCAUUGCAGGCAUAAGACCCCCUACUGCGCCUAUGUAUUCACCAAAUAAAACAAGGCGAUCAAAACUUUAG